UGUGGACAAACACAGAGUGCAGCAUGGGGAUCCGUGUCGAAUUGGAGAUGUUGGCGGUUCUGCUUUUCCUGACCCCCGUUGUGAUUGAUGGGGUGGUGCUGACAAAGUGCCAGCUGGUGAAGGACCUACAAUCUGCUGUACCCCCAACCAUGCCGGAACGUGAUGCCGUGAUUGCAAAAAUUGUGCGCCAGGCAGAAACGGUUGCUAACUUUAACACCAAUUUCACCAUACAGAUCACUCCACCGACUGAAACUGUGAAAAGCCGCAGUGUCAGAAGUGCCCCGAAAAGUUCUGCUAAAGCCGCUGCUAAAGCCGCCGCUAAACCCGCCGCUAAACCCGCCGCUAAACCCACGACUAAGGCCCCUAUUAAAGUGACCACUAAACCUGCCCUGGCCUCCCCUUCGAAUACUACACAGAGCUCUAAACCCAAAAAUAUGACCCAGAUGGCGCCCAUGAACAACCACACCACUCCACCUGGUCUCCAUGGAGUCAACAGUUCACACAGUGAUGAACAUAUGUCUCCUCCUUCCAAUGGCUCCCAGAAGUGGACGCUCUACAGCCUGUUCCUGAUUCCUGAUGCUGUCGCCUGCACCGCGCCCAAUGUAUCCUCCUUCAACGUGUGCAACACGAACUGCAAUGCGCUGCUUAAUGAUGACAUCACUUUAGCCACCAACUGCAUGUUGACUAUUUUAACCAAACCGUCCAACACCAACCCCGGACCUGAACAGGAAGGUGCUAACGACAUCAUGGAGGAUCUGUUCAACAAAUUCAUGCAGUCCUUCCCCGACCUGAGUCCCUCUGACUACCUUGCUGAGUGUCCUAAUCAAUAGGUCAUGGUACACCUGAUCAGACACUCAGAUUACUUCUUUGCCAGAAAUUAAGCUAUCCUGGGCUUCUCUCAUCUACUUUAAAGGGGGGGGAUAGGGGGUGUCCGGUUGCAAGUUGUAUGAAUGUAGACUGGAGAUCGAUUGUAUACGACCUUUAAUGAAUGUGACUUGUCUGAUUUGGAUGAGUUAUUGUUGGAUUAUUCUUCAGAUCCAAUUUUAACAAGUUAACAGGUCAACAAGCGUGGAUGUGGUGAAGAAUGUCCAGAACUGAAAUAUUAUUUUUAAUAUAUUUUUAAAUAACCCUUCUGUUAUAAUACCAGAGAUUUAUGUAUGUUUAAUAGAUGUAAUAUACAUACAUACAUACAUAUUGUAUUCAUUUCACUGGGAAAAGGAUGUCUUUCUCUUUAACUAAACAAAAUAAUAAAGAUUUCCGAGUAGAUGCACA